AGUAAAGAAGCUAUGGAUACGCAAAAGCAACAUUUGUAAACACUUAAUCUAUGCAUUUAAAAAUAUACAACACACCAGAGUACAAAAAUAAAAGUGUUUUGAAUUGGUUGAUGCGGCCACAACAACAACAACAAAAUUUAAAUUGUGAUAUUGCUAUAGUAUUUUAACAAUAGAAGCAACAAAUUUGAGAAAACAGAAACGUGUGCGUCGCUAAAAAUCUCUGUGCCCUCGUCUCUGUGUGUGUCUGUUCGUGUUUUUCGUCUACGUUAUAAAUUCGCAGUUAUAAAAUCAAUAACUGUGCAGCUAGAAAAACAUAAACUUAUAUACAAAAAGCAACAAAUUAUACGAAUCUCAAGAACUUGAGUUUUUCAACAAAAGAGAAAAAUUGUCAAGUUAGCAGCAAGUAAAACUACAAGCGAAACAAUAUGGCAGAUGUAGCAACAACUCCUAGAUACAUCAACCCCUUCGUUGCACCAGCGACUGCAGCAAGUUUGGAUCAAGUGGAUGACGGCACGAAUGCCACAAAUCGCAUACACUUUCGCCCCUGCUCCAACAGAAUGCAUGAUAAAUAUCAGCGCGAGGAUGAGCGCUUGAGGACUUUCGACAGCUGGCCACUGGAUUGGCUGGACAAACAGGAACUGGCACAGACGGGCAUGUUCUAUACGAACGAACAGGAUAAGGUCAAGUGCUAUUUCUGUGAGGUGGAGAUCGGCUGCUGGGAGCGAACGGAUCAGCCCGUACCUGAGCAUAUGCGUUGGUCGCCCAACUGUCCGCUGCUGCGACGACGCACCACCAACAAUGUGCCCAUCAAUGCCGAGGCACUCGAUCGUCUGCUGCCGCCCAUAAGCUACGACAUAUGCGGCUCCAACGACACGGGCGAGCUCGAGGUGCGCGCCGAGGCCUACUCCGAGGGACGUUCCGGCAUGAUGCAGUCAAUGCAGCCGGCGGCGACCACCGAGAACAACAGCGUCAGCAAUAUCAGCAGCAGCGAACCCUGUCGACGCGCCGCCAACAGCACACACUCCGGCAAUUAUUUUCCCGAGUAUCCGGAAUACGCCAUCGAGUCGGCGCGUCUGCGCAGCUUCACCGACUGGCCGCGCAACAUGAAACAGAAGCCAGUGCAGCUCGCCGAGGCGGGUUUCUUCUACACCGGCGUCGGCGAUCGCGUGCGCUGCUUCAGCUGUGGCGGUGGCCUGAAGGAUUGGGACGACAACGACGAGCCCUGGGAGCAACAUGCGCUCUGGCUAAGCCAAUGCCGCUUUGUCAAGCUGAUCAAGGGACAGACUUUUAUCGAUUCGAUUGCCGCCGUGGCGUCCAAUGCCAAAGGCGGCGAGUCCGAGGAGAAGCCACUCGAAGUGGCCAGCCCAAGCAGUCCCGAGGUUGCGCCCGCUGCCAUCAGCUGCGACGUGGCGCCCGCAACAGCAGCCACACGCAUCUACGAGAAGAUUGUGGCGCAAACAGAAGGUGCGGGCAACGCCAAUCCAGCUCCGCCCGCCUCACUGCACGAGGAGGGCCUCUGCAAGAUCUGCUACGCCGCCGAGUACAACACAGCCUUCUUGCCCUGCGGCCAUGUGGUGGCCUGCGCCAAGUGCGCCUCAUCUGUGACCAAGUGCCCGCUGUGCCGCAAACCCUUCACCGAUGUCAUGCGUGUAUAUUUUUCCUAAAUGGCAUCCACAACAAUAAGUUCAGCUACAGCUCUAGUCUAAGCCGCCCGCCUCUACAGUUAACUGGACCAGCUAAACGAUAAGCGCGGCCAG